UGUGUUUUGUAGACUAGAGUUUGAUAAAAUUUCACUCUUAAUUUUGGUUGGUGUUAUCAACAGGCUUCUUGUAUUAAGAGUUAUCCUCGUAGAGAUUUUAAUCCUCCCAGCAAAGUAUUUAAGCGAAGGAAGAUGGUCAUCCAUUCUGCAUUAAAUCUUAACUUUUGUGCUAUUUCAUCACUCUCUGCACUCAAAGCAGGGCAACAGUGUAGUUCUUGCUCUUUUUCUAACUUCCUAUUGCCACCUCCUUUGAAACGUCUGACUUGCUUUGCCACUUCAAGAAAGUCUGAAGAGGAACAGGUGUCUGAUCCUAAGCAUAACUCUGGUUCAAGGCCUAGGAAAGCUACAAGGUCCCAGGAAAAUAAAAUUUCUCAUAAUGAAGACAAAGACUCUGCCAAGAUCUUCCCAACAACAAUCCCUAAAAAACCGAGGCGUGGUCGCAGGAGCGAAGCAGCUGCAGUUGAGGAUUUUGUUCGUGAUUCAUUAGAAAAGACAUUUGCCUCUAUCCGAGAGCAGAACUCUGAUAUGAUGAAAGAUACCGAGAAUAUCCUCAAAGAUAGGGUUGAUGAUGACACCGAUUCUGAUGAAAGUAGUGAUGAUGAAGAUGACAGCAGUAGGGAUAAGAAAGAAAAGAAAAUGAUCAUUGAGGAGGAGGAUCCAAAUUGGCCUCUGGAUGCAGAUGUUGGAUGGGGAAUUAGAGCAUCAGAGUAUUUUGACAAGCAUCCAAUAAAAAAUGUUAUAGGAGAAGAUGGAGUUGAGAUCAAUUGGGAGGGGGAGAUUGAUGAUUGCUGGGUGAAGGAAAUCAAUUGUCUUGAGUGGGAGAGCUUCGCUUUUCAUCCCAGUCCCCUCAUUGUUCUUGUUUUUGAGAGAUACAAUCGGGCUAGUGACAACUGGAAAGCUCUUAAGGAGCUAGAGAAAGCAGCCAAGGUGUAUUGGAGUGCCAAAGAGCGCUUGCCUCCUCGGACUGUGAAGAUUGACAUUAAUAUUGAGAGGGAUCUAGCCUAUGCGCUUAAAGUUAAAGAAAGUCCACAGAUAUUGUUCUUACGAGGAAACAGGAUACUAUACAGGGAAAAAGAAAUUCGUACAGCUGAUGAUUUGGUUCAAAUGAUAGCAUAUUUUUACUACAAUGCGAAAAAACCUUCAUGCAUUGAUGAUGCAGCUUUAUCUCAACAGUCAUAGUCAACGGAGAUUAAGAACAAGGCAAUGGAGCAUGGAUCGAUCCCUGUGUAACUGGAAUCAAUCGUGGUUGUUUUGUUCACGGGAAAACAAUUGACCAAUUGAGGACAGAACCUUAGAAGAGUGACUGGUUGAAACGAGAUGAUGGUACUACCCGCUUGAUGCUUCCAGCUGCUGAUGUAAUUAGCAAGUGGAAGGUUGAAGAAAAAGGCUAUAUACUAUAAUGUGCUUAAAGUAGUGCCAUACUAUAUAGAAGAGGAUAGUUGGAAAGAGAACACUCAGUUGCAUGAUCUUACUUUAGUUUUAUUUGCUUGUUUACAUAUCAUACUAGCCCUAGAUGUCUAUAAACUACUUUAUGUAUUUAACUAGAAAAGUCCAUGCA